AUGUUCGCAUAUAAAUCUAAUCUCUUUCUUAGGCCAACAAUUGGUGAUGAAUACCCAGCAACUUUGAAUGAAGGAGAUCUGCAAGGCGAAAUACCAUCUGAAGACCAAGCUGAUUCCGAAGAGCAAGUUUACUCUGAUGUUGCCGAAGAGUCCGAAGAUUCUGAUGCAGCUGCAAAGAAGAAGAAGAAAUCCGCCGCCACAUCGUCAAGUUCAAAGAAAGCACCAUCAAAGAAAAAAGAAACCUCAAAAGCAAGGAAAACCGCACCCGAAUCUAAAUCAAAAAAACCAGCGACCAAAAAAGAAAGUUCCUCAGAAGAAGACACUGACGACGAUAAUGAAGAUACAAAAAGGCCCAAGAAAAAGAAAAGAAAGAAUGAUUCAGAUGAAUAUUCCGAAAGCGAUAAUGAUUUAAGGGAAGAACUUCAAGGUCUGGAUACAUCUCUUAUUAUUAAAGGUGGACGACGAACACGAGGAAAUAAGAUAGAUUAUAAACAAUUCGGUCCAGACCCCGAAAGCGAAGACGAAUAG